CAACUCCCGUGGGGCCUCUGUCACUUCCAAGGUACGACACGCCCCCGGACUUGAAGCCUGUCAGUCAACACGAGCUGGAAUUCAUGUCCGAGUCUCUGGAGAAGUGAGCCGCUUCGCCCCCGAGCCGAGUUCACCGGGAAGCCGCGUGAGUUUCUCCUACAAAUGGCCUCCAUCGUCUUGUACACGGGACACAAAGCGGCGCAGACAACAGCCAGACGGUGUUUGAGUUCACAUUUAAAAGCACCACCCGCUGCUAGAGAGGCUCUGCUGCCGUGUCCCUUCGCUCGCUGCCCGGCAGGGACCCUGCUUCCGGGAUCGAGAUGGCUAUCCAGAGGUACCGGGGUAAGGUUCAUGUCCCAUGGGAGCGCAGGCAGAGCCGCAGGCGGGCGAACCGGGAGGGGAGCCCUGGUGCUCGGUGCAGCCGCGGCGGUGACAGCAGCAGCGGCUGUAGCGGGACUCGUAGCCAACGCCAGCCACUUCCAGCGCGCACAGAUGGCGACCAGAGUGGCUCCGGCCGCCGAGGAGGAGCAGGAGGGGGACAUCCUGGAGAGAUGCCGGGGCUUCAUGUCUGCGCCGGUGAGCGACAUCAACGUGCUGCAGGGGAGGAAGGAGGAGAUGCGGACGAGGAUGGAGAUGUUGAUCAUGGAGACCCAGGCCGAGUUCUGCAGAGCCCUGCAGGAGGUGGACGGCGGCACGUUCAAGGUGGACCGGUGGGACCGGAAGGAAGGUGGUGGAGGAAUCAGCUGUGUGAUGCAGGAUGGAAAGCUUUUUGAGAAAGCAGGGGUCAACGUGUCAGUGGUGUUUGGGAACCUGACCGAGGAGGCCGCCAGGCAGAUGAGGACCCGAGGCAAAGUCCUGAAGGGGAAAGAUGGGAAGCUGCCGUUCUGUGCCAUGGGUGUGAGCUCCGUCAUCCACCCCAAGAACCCCCACAUCCCCACCGUGCACUUCAACUACAGAUACUUUGAGAUCGAGGAGGAAGACGGCAACAAGCAGUGGUGGUUCGGUGGAGGCACAGACCUGACUCCAGUCUAUGUGAAUAAAGACGAUGCCUUUCACUUCCACAACACCCUGAAGGAGGCCUGCAACAAGCACCACUCGCAGUACUACCCCGACUUUAAGAAAUGGUGUGACAGAUACUUCUAUAUCGGCCACAGAGGAGAGACUCGGGGGAUAGGAGGGAUUUUCUUCGAUGACCUGGACUCGCCGAGUCAGGAGGAAGCGUUCAACUUUGUGAAGAGCUGCGCUCGCACUGUGGUGCCCUGCUACCUGCCUAUCGUACACAAACACCUCAGUGAUGCCUUCACUGACGAGGAGAAGGACUGGCAGCAGGUACGACGAGGAAGAUAUGUGGAGUUUAACCUGGUGUACGACAGGGGGGUGAAGUUUGGCUUGGCCACGCCCGGCUCCAGAAUCGAGAGCAUCCUCAUGUCGCUCCCCCUCACCGCCAGGUGGGAGUACAUGCACGAGCCUGCCAAAGGGACCCGGGAGGCCGAUAUGCUGGAGGUGUUACGAAACCCUAAGGAUUGGGUCUGAUCGCGGUUUUCACACGUUUCAAUAUUGACAAAACAUGCAGGGAAAAGUGUUUGCUGUAUUUGACAAAGGCGUCACCUGUUUGACUUUAUCAGCAGCAGUUAACGCUGUUUAUCCCAAAAAAAAUGGGAGCUUUAUUUGUAAUAGCUUGAAGGUACAUUUCUCUUUGCUUUUUUGUCAAGUCAGCCUCGUUAACACUUGUUCACAGGGGAUUUUAAUAUUGUAUUAAUGAGACCUUGUGUUGUGAAACUCAGCGACUGAGCUGCUUUUAAGACGUGUUUGUGUCAAACACAAGCCGCUUGUGUAUUUUCUGUGCCUUGUUCUACCUGAAGCAGCAUUUUCUCCACACUCUGUUUUCCUUUACCAAGGCACUGAAAGGGAAAACAAGGACAAACUGAGCCACAGUGUUUUGUAUGUGUGCCACAAAGUCAUAUCAAAUGUUAAUGAGUCUGCUUUUGAUGUGCAAGUGCAUCUGCCAACCACAGUGGGUUAUUUCUGACCAUCAAAGCUGAAUGAGGAAUUAAACUGCUCCCCGUCGAGUCCCACUCACA